AGUGGCGCUAGUAAUGGCGGACGACAAAGCCUCUGCGGAGCUACACCAGGAGGACGCUCCCGUCCGACGGGACUCGGACGGGCCACCCGCCGGACCCACGGCGGCACAAGACCCUGCGGGCGACAAGCCCUCCGCCGCCGCUGCAGACACGUGUCCAUCCAGAGCAAGCUGGAGGGCCUGGAGCUGCUGGUGGACCUGGGCGGAGCGGGUCGCAAGUCGUGCCCGCUGUGCCCCGAGGAGAAGUUCAAAGCCUGCUACAGCCACAAGCUCCGGCGCCACCUGCAGAACCUGCACUGGAAGGUCUACGUGGAGUUUGAAGGUGGGCGCUGGAGAAGAGGCUCCAGGGCCGGCGCCGUCACCCGCCUCUCUCCUCUCUCUUCCAGGUCACAGGAUGUGCAUCUGCCACCUGCCCUGCAGGGGCCCCAGGCCCGGCCCGGGCUCGGACCAGGUCCCGGGGAGACACGGCGCCCACUACCACUGCGUGGUGUGCGCCGUCACCAUUGCGCGCAAGACCGACAUGGUGGGUCACCUGAAGCGCCACGUCAACAAGGGCGAGACGGAAGCCAGCUACACCGGGAGCUGCGGCGCCACGCCGGACCCCCCAGCUGCGACUGACCAGGCCUGUGAGAUCAUGAAGGAGCUGGGGACCAACGUGCAGCUGGUGCCCAACCACAACACGCCCCUGAAGAGCGACACGUACUUCAACCGCAAGAUGAGGAACAACAGGCAGCUGGUCUUCUGCUCGCUGGCCGUCCUGGCUGAAGAGCGCCACCCGCUGGAGUGUCUGGACGCCUUCGGGGCCACAGGGAUCGCCGGGCUCCAGUGGGCCAAGCACUUGCGCGGCGCCGUGCGAGUCACCAUCACCGACAUCAGUGACUCCUGCAUGAAGAUGAUCAAAGAGAACUGCAAGCUCAACCACAUCCGGGUGGAGGGGGCGGCCUGCGGGCCCGAGGGGGACGAGGACGCGGUGGCGGUGGCCACGGUGGAGGUGGCCAAGAUGGACGCCAACGUGGUCAUGCACCUGCGGCCCUUCGACUACAUCCACCUGGACCCCUUCGGCAGCGCCGUCAACUACCUGGACGCCGCCUUCAGGAACGUCCGUAACCUGGGCAUCGUCUCCGUCACGUCCACAGACACCGGCUCGCUGUACGCCAAGUCGCCCAACGUCACGCUGCGCCACUACGGCUGCCACAUCGUCCGCACCGAGUACUACCGGGAGCUGGCGGCCCGCGUGGUGCUGGCCAGCGUGGCCCGCGCCGCCAACCGCUGCAACAAGGGCAUUGAGGUGCUGCUGGCGGCGGCGCUGGAGCACUUCGUCCUGGUGGUGGUCCGAGUCCUGCGAGGCCCCACGCAGGCCGACGAGUCGGCCAAGAAGCUGCGCAGGCUGGUGCACUGUCAGUGGUGCGAGGAGCGGCUCUUCCUCAAGCUGGGCAACAUGGUGGACGACACGCUGCCCUGCACGUGUCAUGGGACUCUGCCGGGGAAGACGGCGGUGCACUUGGGUCCCCUCUGGUCCGGCCCUCUGUUCAACACCGGCUUCCUGCGGCGGAUGCUGUCGGCGGCGCUGCGGCACAACAUGACUGACAUCCUGCCGCUCAUCAAGACGCUCGUCGCCGAGUCCGAGUGCGCCACGCUCAAGUCCCUGGUGGGCGGGGCCUCCACAGUGGAGUGCGGCGUGGUGAUCAAGACGCUGCAGAGCGAGGAGGAGUGGGCGGAGCACCCGGGGAAGAGGAAGACGGGCGAGGAGUCGGGGAGCGUGCUGAAGAAGCUGAAGGCCGAGGCGGCGCUGGAGCACCCGCCCUUCUACUACAGCAUCCACCGCCACAGCAUCCGCGGCAUGAACAUGCCCAAGCUGAACAAGUUCCUGCAGUACCUGACGGAGGCCGGCUUCAGGGUCAGCCGCACCCACUUCGACCCCACCGGCGUCCGAACCGACGCCACGCUGCAGCAGUUCAAGGCCACUCUGGCCAAGUACAGCGCGCCCACCUGCACCAGCCAGGCCGCGCAGCGCCCCUGAAGGCAGGGAGGAAAUCGGAGCCAAUAAAUGUUGUUUGUGUGCACGCUGGUGUUUUCACCUUUGACCUCAGUGGCCGCCCGUGUGCGAGUCUGAAACCUUUCGCAGAGACCUGAGAAUAAUUUAUAUAUAUAUACAUCUAAAAACCGUAUUGAAUCGACCGGAACACGCGGGUCCGUCUGUCGCGUCUCACCAGCAGGGGUCGCUCGAGAGCAGCGUAAACUCAGCGGACGAGCGAGUGAACGUCGCCGCCGCCAAACGCGGCAGAAGUCGCUCGCGAUGACGACAUCAGACUUCCAAGAAUGUCCCGCCAGUUUCGACGGCAAAAGCGGCUCACCUGGUUCCCCGCGGUCGCCACGGUAACCGCCGCUGAAGCGCGGACCUGUUGAAGGCUGACGUCAGCGCGUGUGUCGGACUGAGUGAUGAGGAGGAGGAGGAGGA